AUGGGUGAUUUUAAUGCUAAAGCUGGACAAAAAGAAGAUGAAACAGAAAUAUGCGUGGGUACAUAUGGUUAUGGUGAAAGAAAUGAGAGAGGAGCGAAAAUGAUCCAAUUCACGCUGCAAAAUGGACUAUAUGUAAUGAACACCUUCUUUAAGAAACAUCCAAAUCGAAAAUGGACCUGGGCAAGUCCGGACGGAAUUACCAAGAACGAGAUAGAUUUCAUCAUGACUGAUAAAAAAUGGAUAAUUAGGGAUGUACAAGUAUUGGGCGAAUUCUCCAUAGGAAGUGACCACCGAAUAGUUCGAACUAGAAUUGAAUUCAACCUUAAAUCUGAACGACGAAAAAUGAUAAGGAAGAGGACAUGA